GAAAGCGUCUCCGUCGCUUUGCUCCUCUCGAGGGAGAAAAAAAAUAGUGCGCUGGGAAGCUUUUCCUAUGUGCAAUUCUCAAAGAUAACUUACGCAUAAUCCGGAGUAAUUAACCCCGUAAUUACCUACGCAUCUUGUCAUUUGCGUAGUGUGUCCAAAGGUAUAUAUAAAACCCUUCACACUUCUGUUUAGAGGAGAAAGGAUGGUGGUGGAGGAGUCUAAUCCACUGGGAAGUUAGGUUAUAAAAUAACAAUCCCUAAUUUGAUCCUCUCCGGAGACCCUUGGCGACUCCCAUCCCACGAAUUCAGAUCCAAGGGGAAGAAAUUACAUACUGAGGGACUUGCAAGUGUAAAGAGAUGCGAGACAAAAUGAGAAAAUGGAGGGAAGAGAACUAUCGGAACAGUGAGCAAAUAGUUGAAGUUGGAGAAGAGUUAAUUAAUGAAUAUGCAGCUAAGCUUGGUGAUGACAUUUGGAUAAUAUAUGAGCAAGUGAUGAUCGCCGCAUUGGAUUGCAGCCGAGAUGACUUGGCAUCGUAUUGCCUUCAAGAACUAAGACGGCAAUUCCCUGGGAGCCAUAGAGUUAAACGGUUAACUGGUAUGAAAUUUGAAGCCAUGGAGAGCUAUGAUGAUGCAAUACAGUUAUAUGACAGGAUUUUACAAGAGGACUCAACAAACACUGCAGCCCGAAAACGUAAGAUUGCCAUUCGGAAAGCUCAGGGGAAAAACACUGAAGCCAUCCGAGAGCUGAAUGAGUAUUUGGAACAAUUUGUUGGGGACCAGGAAGCCUGGCAUGAGCUGGCAGAGCUCUACAUCAAUGAACACGAUUAUGCAAAGGCUGCCUUUUGCCUAGAGGAACUCAUGAUGACUAAUCCUCACAAUCACUUGUAUUGCCAACAGUUUGCAGAAGUUAAAUAUACUCAAGGAGGCCUUGAGAACCUUGAGCUCUCCCGAAAAUAUUUUGCACAGGCAUUAAAACUGAAUAACCGAAACAUGAGAGCAUUGUUUGGUCUUUACAUGUCUGCCAGCCAUAUUGCCUCCAAUUCCAAGGCCAGUGCAAAAGUUAAAAAGGAUAAUAUGAAAUAUGCUAGUUGGGCUGCAAACCAAAUCAAUAGAGCUUACCAGUAUGCUGGCCGCAGUAAGAAAGAAAACAAGUAUUCAUUGAAAGCUGUAGAAGACAUGUUGGAGGCCCUACAGAUCACUCAGUCAUAAAGCUUAAGAGGGAUGACCAGUGUGAUAGAUCUUCUUCUCCGAGCUCUGUAACUGAAAUUCUGUCCUCACAAACUUAAAAGUUUAUUUUGAAUGCCUCAUUAUGUUAACAGUGGUUUCAUGUCAGUAAAAGUUGCUACAGUACCUUGAAUGAUAUGUUUUAUAAAAAAAUAUAAGAUUUCUAUUUAUUGUUUCUAUGAUGAAAAGUCACCGCAGUUAAUAAAAAUAGUAAAUUCUAUUGAA